GAGUAGAAAUUAUUGCACCACAAAGUGGCAAGGAGUUGUGCAAUAACAUUUAGACCCACUAUAUAUACCCAAGAUUAAAGUUGAAGAGACAUCCCUUUCCAACGUCUGGGGUGGACGACACAUCGAAGAGGGAACCCCUCCGUUAGUUUACUUUCUAACUUUCUUUUUCAUUCCUCUCCAGUACGCUUGGUGCUUGUGAACUUUUGUUAUCGCCCACAUCCAAAGUGAUCGAAGUCCAUUACCCAACCAAGUUCAUAGACAUCGUAAGUAUUCCGGUGAACUUUUGUUUAGUGCCAAGUUUGUUGGAAACCGUGGAGGAACUGACAAGCUUACCAAGUCAAGGGAAGUUCUAUCAUAUUAUGUUCAAUAACCCUCAAAGUAUUUGUCAAUACUACAAUACUGCGAGAGGUUGCAAAUUUGGGACUAACUGUAAAUUUUCACACGUCAAUAUUCCAUCUUCUCAUCCAGCAAAUAUAAAUAAAGAUGAAACAGUAAAAAGGAACUCGGAGUCUACCCCUCAAUCAGCAGCCCUAUAUUCCAAUCCCCCUAUCGAUCAUAGCCAUGAAGAAGCAGUAAGAAACACAGUUGUUACCCAAUCUCCUGGUUUGGAGACGAGCAGUCACCUUUCUUUAGAAGACGCUGAAGAAAAUGAAGUUAAAGCAAAGCGUUGUUUUCAACACUAUAAGUAUGGACACUGCCGAUUUGGUGCCAAAUGCAGAUUUAUUCAUUCAGAUAAUUUGAGGAAAUCAGACCAAGAUGAAGAGAAGAAAAGCACCCAACAGGUAAAGAUACCUUUACCAGAAUUAGCAGCAGACACCACACCAACUGUGGACAAACAUGAUGGAUCCAAGUCAGGGAAGAAGACGAAGACUCCCGUGACAUGCCGCUAUUUCAUAGCUGGUCGAUGCAGAAGUGGAAACAAGUGUAGGUUCUAUCAUCCGCGUGGAAACGAAAAAUUAGGUGGUACUUCAGCUUACAAAACUUCACAGGAGGAUGACGUAUCCGAACAGACAAGUCCCAAGGAAAUUUCUGGAAAGGGUGAAUCAAAACCUUCAAAAAAUCCUAAAGUUACUGUUGCCACCAGACCAGCAUUUAAACCCCCAGCAUUAAAGAGAGAAAUUAGCCGUGACAAAGCCGGCAAGGAUAUCAUUGAAAAACUUCAGACAACAGAAAUAGCUCAGCUGAAGAAACGAUUUCCUACGGAUAAAUUGAAGAUUGUUAAAGAAUCUGAUGAUGGCGAGAACAUUUAUUGUUUGAGCUUCAAACCAACUGAUCCAGACUGGCCGUUUGAUGUUGAUGUGUAUGACAUCCAGCUGACAUUUCCUCCCAGUUACCCUGUUAAGAUGUUCAAGGCAGAAGUACCAACAGAUCAGGAUCUUCCUGAAACCUUGAGAAGGUAUGUGGAGGCGUCCAUCUGUGAGUGGUUGAACCAUAAGGAGACCGAGCUGGAGAAUCGUGGCGUUCUGGAGCUCACAUUUCGUCCGUUCAUUCACUGGUUGGACAAAGAGAUGGAGGAUAUUGUUACUGAGGGCCUUAAACAGCUUCAAAGGGAAUUGAUGGCCAAGGCUGCAGGCUUCGAAUUCAUCCCUGCCAGUGUGUUGAGGGAAAGACUAAGGGGAAAGAACUCUGACGGAUCUGAAGUGGGGGAGGAGGAUGCUACAGAGAGUGAUGAGGACAGCGACUCGGAGAAAGACAUGGAAAAUGUUGUUGCUUAUAGAAAGAAGGAUGAAGAGCAAGUCUAUACAGGUCCGGAAGCAUACAGCUCAGAUGAAGAUGACACGGAUGACUUAGACGUUGUCACAGGAAAGUUUGAGGAGGCUAACCUAAAUGCUGAAAGAAGAGGAACAGAAAUCAGACUCCGCAAUCUGGUGAUGAAGGAGACUGUCGCCACAAUGACCUACACACAGAUCAAGAUUGUUGUCCAGUGCUCCCGUUGUAAAAGCAACACGGACCUCAUGACCCCUGUUGGUAGAGUGAACUUGAUCCCAUGUUUCAAGUGUCACACUCAGAUGCUGUUGACUUUCCGACCAGCCAUUAUGCAUUCUUACUCCUCCAUCAUGGGGUACCUUGACCUUGAGGGAUGUGUUCCAUUUGACCUCCUUCUGCAGGACUCGGCCUACAAACUUGGCUGCAUGAACUGUAACAAGGAGACUAAAGUUGAUAGCCUGUACCCUGGUCAGCCAAUGGACACCUGGUGUAAGUCCUGCCACCAGAAACUGCGAGUGGCAGCGGAGGACGCCAAGUUCACCUUGCUGCAGUCUACAGGGGUAGAAACAGAAAAAAAAGAGGUGCAUGAAGUGAGUGUCAAGAAAGUGAAACGGAUCGUCAAGGACCCCGUCAUCAGAUUCGGAAACCCUCUCCCUGACAACGGCACCUGUAAACACUACAAGAAAAGCUUCCGCUGGUUCAGGUUCCCGUGCUGUGGGAAGUGUUACGCCUGUGAUCUUUGUCACGAGGAGAGAGAAGAUGGACAUGAGAUGGUGCUAGCCAAUCGAAUGAUAUGUGGCUUUUGUUGUCGGGAACAACCUUUUGCCCUUGAGAGACCAUGCCUGUCCUGCGGUCACUCGAUGACUAAGUCCACUACUCACCACUGGGAGGGAGGGAUGGGUUGUCGCGACAAGAUCCGCAUGGGCAGGAAUGACUCACAGAAAUAUGCAAAUAUGAACAAGACCAUAUCAAGAAAAGCGAUUGAGAAAAAGCAACCAAACAAGAAGAAAAACAUCAAACUUAGGCAUUCUUCUAAUUAGUCUACCCAGCUGUAAAAUUAGACAUCAGCUACAGUACAUUUAUUUGGACUGCCUGAACAUGGAACAAUUAAUGUACAAUAAAUGAAUCGGUGUGAUAGUUCUUGCAUUGUAUGAAACCUUUUCAUAUCAGUUGUCAGAUAUUGUGAAGUUUUGUCAUUAAAUAACACAGCAACUUGCAUACAUGGGUUCCAGCCACAAUCAUUGGUUAUUUCCGUAUCUAGCAAGUAUGACUAGUGAAGUGUGCUUUGUAUGUGUGUGCAUCAAAAAGUGCUUUGUAAAUAAUAUUGAAUAUGUUAAAAAAUGAGUAUAGAGUUAUAUAAUGGACACUUCAAGCUAUUUGUUAUCUUGUAUGUAAAACUAUAUAAGUUUAAUCCUCCCAGGGUACACUACGGCAGUAUCUCCUUUAAAGAGGUAGCAAGGCUCCCUGGCAGAAUGUUCACUUAUUGGUUGAAACGUCAGCAGUUUGAAUUAUGCCAGAUAAUGUUUUACUCCUAUUUGUCUAGUCAACCCAGCUGUACUAAUGGGUACUGUGUUGAUGUAACUGUUGACAUUACAGUUAUAUAAGUAGGAAGUGUCUGUUUGACCAGAGAGGAAGUAUACACAUCAUUUAGAAGUGUACUUCAGACAAUAAAAGAUUAUCAUUAAGAUGCUGAUUUUGUCAUAAUGUUGCUAUAAAGAUCGAGACAAAUCAGAAUUUUCAUUUGUGUGAAACUGGUUAAGAAUGAAGUUGUUUGUUUGAUACAGUGGUACACUAAUACAUUGUCACCUAAAAGUUAUAAUAAUACGUGUUUAGAUUUAACAUUUUCUUUGGAUAAAAAUUGAAUUAACUCAUUUACCCCUGAAAACACAUUUGAACUCAUCCAAUUCAAAGGUUGGAAUAGUUCAUUAUGAAAUGUCAGGGGUGAAUGAGUUGAUAAGUUUAGGAACAUUAAUUCUUAUUUCAUGCAGUGUAUUGAUUUUGUUUAUCAUAAUGUUGUGUCUCUGUAUAUGUAUUAUUUUUAAUGAUACUAAAUCCCCACGUGGCUCUGUGGGGUGCAUGUGUACAGUCUCUUUGUCUCUGGGGGAGAUUGAUUAUCUCUAAAUACCCUUGCUCCGCCCCCUAACACUACUAUAGUGGGGGCCCUGAGGAGGGUCCCCGGGACAAGAGAUGUUGGUACGACAUGUUAUAUACAGUUUGACCGCCGGAACAUGGCGGCCAGUUCAAUGUUUGAUGAGCAGUGGAGAUAGUCAAGCAUGCUCUUUGGAAUAGAUCUUUUUAAAACUAAACAGCUUUAGGGUUAAGUAAAUUAAUUGCAAGUUAAUAACUAUUUUAGGUGUUAUAAAUGAACUGUUUCAGUGUUUAGAUAUAGAUCAUAACAGGAAUUGUGUGUCUAACCUGUACAUGUAUCCUUUCAUUGGGUUGUCAUUUUGGAUUGAUACUAAAUAUUGUUACAGUCACUUUUCAAUAGAAAGUUGACUGGAAAAAGCCUUCCAUCAUUUGUUUGGUUGUUCAAUAUUUAUUGUUAUUCCUAAAUGUAACCCAGACGUAAAAUGUGAUACACAAAUCCCCACAUGGCAUUGUGGGGUACAUGUGUACAGUCUCCAUGUCUGCGGGGGAGAUUGAUUGACAUCUCUAAAUACCUUUGCUCCGCCCCCUAACACUACUAUAGUGGGGGCCCUGAGGAGGGUCCCCGGGACCAGAGAUGUUGGUAUGUCAUGUUGUGUACAGUGUAGCUACCAGAACAUGGUGGCCAGUUAUCACAUUAUGGUUGUGAUCUUUUUUUCAAAACUGAAAGUUUUUAUAAGCAAUCAGCAUAACAAAUGGUAAGAAUUCCUCUUGAGAUGUUUUAUAUGAAUUUGUACAUGUACCACUGAGUGUUAAAUGUGUAUUGAACCAAUUUCAUGUGUAUUAUUGCUGGGUGCUUACUGCUAUAUGAUGAUCAAUUGUUUAAAAUUUAAUGUUGAUCUAUUUUCAAUAAAUGUUAAGUAAAACCAUAAACUUUG